GUUGCUAAUAAACAAAGAUGGCGGCCGUUCAAGAGGAUACCCCUCAAUCUGACGGAUUUUUUAGCGAAACGGACGAAGAGGAUGAUAAUUUUAAGAGAAAAUUUCUCGAGGAUAACAAUAAACAAGCUAGUUAUGCAAUACGGCCUACAUUGGCAGAUGAUCAAAAAAUUGGUUUUUUUCGCCAAGAUAAAGUUUGUCAAACGGAUGUUUCGGAAAUUUUAGAUCUAUACGAUACUAUGGAUACAGUAGAAGGUCUCGUAGAGGACGUUGGGGAAAUGAAAAAGGACGUAUACUUUGCAAAACAAGCUUUAAGAGCAGAAUUCGGUGAUAAAUUAACAGCAAAAUCUAUAGAUUUAAUAGACUUUCUUACAUUUAAAAGAUACAGAUAG